AUGGAUCAUUCUCAGCACGGGGUCACUGGCUACAUCGGCGGUGAUGUCUUCUACGCCCUCCACCAAGCUCAUCCCGACUGGGAAUACUCACUCCUCAUCUGCAACAAAGACAAGGGCGCACAAGUUGCUAAGAAAUAUCCCUCCGCACGCAUUGUCUAUGGCGACCUUGACUUACUUGAUAUCAUUGAGAAGGAGGUCAAGAAUGCCAACAUCAUCUACCCCAUCGCCAAAGGCCUCGCCCAUCACACUCCUCGCAACCCUGUCUGGCUAAUCCACACCUCCGGCACGGGCAUUCUCACCAUCGAGGACUUCCGCACCAACACCUUUGGUCUCUACCGCACUAAAGAACACAAUGACUGGGAAGGCGUCGACGAACUCGUCAACCUCCCAGCGGACUCUCUCCACCGUAAAGUGGACGAGAUCAUCUUCGCCGCUGGCCCCGCCAACCCAACAAGCGUGCACACCGCAAUCAUCUGCCCGCCCACCAUCUACGGCCCAAAUCGCGGUCCCAGCAACACUAAAAGUGUGCAGGCCUACUGGCUCGCUGCAGCUGUGCUCAAGCGCCGCAAGGGUCUUCUCAUUGGCGAGGGCAAGAACAUCUGGCACCAGGUGCAUGUCCAGGACUUGAGCGACGUGUACUGUCUACUGGGUGAUGCCGCCGCUGCCGGCGGAGAGGUGGAGCCGCUGAGUGAUGCGCAGGUGAUGGAGAUGGAUCAUUUCGCGUUGUAUGCGUUGGGGACUUGCUCGCGCGGACAUUCCUUGCGUGCGCGCAAGUUGUUGGGAUGGUCGCCUUCGAAGCCUAGUUUGAUGGAGCUGAUUCCGUCCAUUGUGGAUCUGGAGGCGAAGGCAUUGGGAUUGGCUUAG